GUAAAAGAGAGGACUAAUAAGAUCAAACCCCAGAUCACAAAAUCCGCAGAGGAUCAGAUCUCGCUGUCUCAUCAAGAUAAGCAGAAUCUUCUAAAGGAAUUUAUAUACUUUAUUUUAACAAGACCAGACAACAGCUUUUUAGAUGGACGAUUGUCGGGAGAAGAGAAGAAGAAGGUGUCCGAAGCUGACAUGUAGUACAGAUCAUAACAACAACAACAUGGAGAAGAUGAUGCAUAGAGAAACUGAGAGACUAAGGAGACAAGAAAUGGCUACCCUUUAUGCUUCUCUUCGUUCUCUUCUCCCUCUUCACUUCAUCAAGGGUAAACGUUCGACGUCAGAUCAAGUCAACGAGGCGGUGAACUACAUAAAGUAUCUACAGAGGAAGACCAAGGAGCUGAGUUUGAGGAGAGAUGAGCUUAUGUUACUGUCGAGAGGAAACUUCUUGGGCUGUAGUAGUAAUGAUGAUUCUAAAGAGGGGAUGGAGAUGAUAAGUAGGAAGAAUCAUGUGGUGGUUCGUCAGUGUUUAGUGGGUGUAGAAAUCGUGUUUAGUAGUCGCCGCUGCAGUGGCCAACCGCGGUUUUCAAGUGUUCUUCAAGUGCUUAGUGAAAAUGGUCUCUGUCUUCUAAACUCCAUCUCUUCUAUUGUUGAUGAUAGGCUGAUCUACACCAUACAGGCCGAGGUCAACGAUAUGGCUUUGAUCGACUUAGUAGCACUUGAAAACAGAUUAGUCAGAAUGUAGUAAUUAAUGGUUGUGAGUUUUUUCUAACUUGUCAAACAAACGACAUGUAUAGUGUUGUUGUGAAUGGUUGUGGUGUACGUGUUAACGCAUCUUAAUCUUAUGUAUGUAUUUUAAGUAUUUCUAGUUGAUUAUUGAUUGAAAAUUUAUUUUCAUAA